UGAUUACUGAGAGCUCACUUCUACCGUAACACCGGUUGGGCGUAGACGUACUUCAGACGACAGGCGCAAACUAGACCGCGAUUUUUCCCUCAGAGCAUCGCUACACUUCCCGCCAAAAUGAUGUGGGGUCUCACCAUCGCCUUCUUGGCAGUUUCAGCAGGAAUUUCAGACGGCCAAACUCCCAUCAACAAGGAAGCCGGCUCCUUGCAACAGUUUGAGUGUGGCGUCACCUUCCCGUCGACGUACCUACUAAACUGGAUGCGUGGGGAUGAGAUCGUCAUACGGUACCUGUCUGCCGGUGGUGCCAUUACGGCAACGUCAGCAAACUUUACCGGGCGAGUGUCCAUAACAGAGCCGCAGAAGUCGCUGCGCAUCACGUCCCUAAGGAUAACAGACGCAGGGCAGUUCUUCUGUAGUGUCCACGACUUGGAGUCCGUGAACGCUGAAAGAAAUUCCGCAAGACAAACUCUGUUUGUGUACACUCGUCCUUCAGUGUCGCUACCGUACACGAAUGCCAUCGUCGAAGCCGGAAAGGACAUCACGUUCACGUGCACCGUCACGAGUUACCCGCCAUCCAACGUCACAUGGGAACAUCCGGAUGGAACACGGUCCUCUGGUGAUGUACUGCGCCUGCGCAACGCUACGUCACAGAGUCAAGGACAGUACCGCUGCUCGGCUGAUAAUGGCUUUGGGACAGACAUGCAGUAUGUCAAUCUUGUGGUCCAAGAACCAACCAGGAGCCCACCUGCAGGACAGACUGACCCGGCCAGAACUAGUGAUCAACCAAUCAAAACGCGAGGGCCACAGACCGCAGAAGGUGCAUCAGGUGGUCUGACCGGUGGUGUGAUCGCCGCCAUUGUUGUGGUGUGCGCCGUGCUGGUGUUGGCAGCCGUCAUGGCGGCCGUCAUCUUCCUCAUGAAGUCCAAGAAGAAACACCAGCCGGAGAAACCCGUCGUUACUGCCUCACCAGUGAAAGAGAAAGCGGCACCGGCUGAUGACUGGGAUCUGACUUCCACCAGACGUCCAGAGAAUGGCGUCAACGGCAACGGUCACAUCGCGAGACCUGCAGCGGAGGGGAAGCCUGCAGACCUCUACUACUCAGAGGUGCCACCUAGGGACUCCAGGGAUUACUACACCCAGCCGAGCAGACAGCCACGCCCUGGUGAUCCCUACUGGACUCCCUCCCCUCCCCCCUCUCAGUCUGGGUGGUCCAGCCCACCGCAAAGUCCUUCGGCUGACCUUGACUAUGUCCACAUGACCCUCCAGCACGCUCCAGCUGGCAGCAGGCGACCAAUCGUGGGCAUGGUGUACGACGCUUGAGUGACGUCAUCACGGUGUACAACAGUCACACAGACUGGCAUUGUCGCGUAGAAGAGAGGUCUGUAGUUGAAAUAGACAAGAAAGAUAUCUUAUUAACAAAUAUCAAAAUUUGCAAGUAAUUCAAAUA